AUGAGAAAAUUUUCUAUUACUUUGGUUCUUAUUAUGUUCGUAAUACAGUGUUUAACAGAUACCUAUGGAUCAUACGAUGAAGAUAUUCGAGAUUUAAGGAGUAGACAUCCCAAAAUGUCAUUUCAAAGACUUAAGAGACAAACUGAAGAUGGAGAUGGGGGAUAUGAGUUCACAAGCGAUAAUGAUGAAGGAGAAAAUGAAAAUUGGGAAACAGAACCAUUAAUUCCAGUAGACGAUCGAAGAUACAAACCAAAAUAUUUAAAUCCUGUCAGAUUUCCAAAUAACCGCUGA